AUGUCGAUUCGUACGUCCUCGAGAUCUACAAAGGGUCAGAAUAAGUACCUGCAGAGCAUGUUGGAAGAAGAGCCAGAACCUUACUAUAAGGGUCAGCAAAACGGUGCUGAAAAGGCUAACGAGGAUGAUGACAAUGAGGAUGGGGAUGAAGGGAUAGUUAGAUGUCCAGUUUGUGGAACAAAUGAUGAUAAUUAUGAUGCAGAGAAUGAUGCGUAUGGUGAUAUGGUACAAUGCGAUGGCUGCAACUCGUGGCAACAUAUCAGGUGUAUGACGAAUGGACAGGAUAGUGUAAAUUGUUUGUUGGAUAAAGACGGCAAAUAUCAUUGUGAUCAAUGCGAUCCCUCACGAUAUUCACAGCUAUCGGAGCACGAGGAUCAAGAAUUCAAGUUGAAUAAUGAAGAUACCAGGUUCAUGGAUGACAAUUUCGACGAUCAUAACGACGAAGAUGACGAUGAACCUGUCGGUGGGAAGAGGCGUCGCAGUCGUCAACAGAGCCGUCGUAGUGUUUCCAACGGUGAGGGAGACCAUUCAGUAAAGAGAAAGAAAUCGUUGGCGGCAUCAGAUGAUAGAGAAGGCGAGGCAAGAUUAAGACAAAAUGCACUAAAGAUGUUUAAUGACCUGUUCAGCAAAUACAUCAUACCGGACACUAUUGAAGCAGAAGUAUAUCAAUUACCAAAUGAUAUUGAAGAGAAUCAAGAUUUGGCCGACAAUAUGUCCAAGAAUUUGGAAUCUGAAUUGUACGAGGCCUGUCUGGAUAAAGAGAAUAAUCGUCUAGGUAAAUUUUACCCAGAGAAGGUCAGAAGUAUAUUUUCCAAUUUGAAGGACAAGAAGAAUUUGACAUUAAAAACCCAUGUCGUGAAUGGAAGUCUUCCUUUAUCUAAGUUAGCCACGAUGAGCGCACAGGAGUUGGCAAACCCAGAUUUACAAGCAUUUAAAGAAAAAGUCGAUUCUCAAUCGCUGGAUCAAUUGAUCAUCGAACAACCAAACAAGCCGCGUUGGGUCAAGACUCAUAAAGGUGAAGAGUUGAUCGAAGAUGAAAAUGAAUUUCAAGAAAAUGAUAUGGUUUAUGCAAAGCACGUUGUAACCCAUCAUGAAGAACCAGAUAUAAAUAUAAGGAAUGUGUCAAUACCACCUGGAGAUCCAUUGGCUACCGCUGAUCAACCCGACACAAAACAGGAGCCUGAAAAAGUCGUUCAGAAGGAAGUUCUUCCCGAUAAUAACGAAGUAAGAGUCUCAUACCCAGAAAUCGAUAAUGAAUUUCUCGGUAAUGUGACAUAUUUGGGUUCCUCCAAGGAACUUGAAAACAAUCCUUACAAGACUGCAUUUGGCGAUGCUCAACUUUUUGUAGAGGGUCGUCUUUCGAGAGGUAAAGUACUCAGCUACUUGCACGAGACACAAUCAUCUAGGACGUUGCUGCUUUAUGAACUGAUACCGAAAGAUGACUGGAACAUGGAGGAGUAUGAAUCAGCGGCUAAUUUUAAAAAGAUGCAUAGUUUUUUGAUUAAUAAUGACAAGAUCAUUGGGAUUAAGAAUAAACGAAGGUACGAAAAGAACAUAUACCUGAUACCAUCGGAAGGUAAUGAAAGCUGCUUUGCAAUUGAAUCUAUCUUGGAGAAGAAUAAUUCAAGAAGUUCACUAAGUGAUAAUGAGAAAAAAUUAUAUUUAUUAGUUCUGGUUAAACCAGAACUAUUAUCUCAAGCCAGAUAA